UUAAAUUUGGCUAAUCAUCGAACUAACGGACUAUCUUCAUGUCCUGGAGUUGUGGUCUACAUUCCACGGGCAGACAGCUUGCUAUCUAAGCUACCUCGAAUUGCACGCCAUUGCUUCGUAUCCGGUCUUCGUCAGCUGCUUUCUGAACAGCGCCUCUUAACAACCUGUCUUGCGGCCUCUCAUGUUAUUCAUAGUUCUAUCCUUCCUGGCGAACGCCUCUCCUAUGACUCAGCUUCAGCCGUUAGCUCAUCCUCAGCCGCAACUCCUCAUCUAGACCUCGGCCGGCACAAUCAAACUAGAACUAAUUAUCGUCGCCUUUUGGUGAUUGCUAGUCUGCGGCGACGGCCUACUCGAUUGACCGGUCUCUCUGUUGCUAUUUGCCCUAUUGCCACAGUUACACCAACUUUUCAUCCACCUCGUGACUGUGUGUCAACGAAAACGAUGACGAUCCCUAGUACCAGUCGAACUGAAGAGUCUGAGCAGCCAGAUGUGACGACAAUUACUUUUUCUUCCAACUUAAAUAGCUCUAAUAAAAUACAUGGCUUUCCUCGAUUGAAUAUAGAGGACAAGCAACGACAGAUUGAGAUUGAGGCAAAGAAAAAGAUGAAAUCGGCUCCUCGUCAUAACACAAACACUCAUAGAUUGACAUCGCCUGAACGAUCUCCACCCGUCUUGGCACCGAUGUGCAAUGGCCCAGUUUCUUCAGAACGGUCCGAAUUUAUUUGCAAUGGCUAUACCUCCUCUGGCACUAUGCAUCGUCUUAUCCGACAGCAGAUUGGUCACCCCAGAACUAUCGGCCAAUUGUCUCAAACAAGCUCUCGUUCACAUUCUGCACCCUCUUCCCCAUCGCCCUCUUCUCCAUCGUCCAUUCCUCCCGUUGACCAUCUAUGGCCAAACCUUACUAGUCAAAGGCAAGACGAGCUUCUUCAUCAGUCUCCUAGCGAUCAAGGCCCUGUCGACGUCGAGAUUACUGAACACAGCGACACAUCCGUUCUGUCGACCACACCUUACACUUCAUCUUUUUCAUCUUGCUCAUCGUCAUCUACAUCAUCCUCGUUUUCAGAAUGGGAUCUAGACGCUGAAACCAGUCCUCCAAAUAGACGGCGACGACCUCCACGUCGGGUUGGUCCACAUUUUACAUUGUCACGCUCCUUGGACCAGCCUUGUCGAUCAAAAAAUCACAUUGAUCAGGUCGGGCCAUGCCUUGAUAAUAAGGACUCCGAUACUGAUGUUUCUGAAGUAGAUCAUCACCAUCGGUCCGCAAAAGUUUCGAAGCGUCAUCGAACAGAAUCAGUCGGUCAGCGACUAUUGGCCCGACUCCUUGGCCUUCCAAAAACACAUAUUUCAUCAGCGGAACCGGGCCGAAUUUCCGACUCAACCUACCCCCACGACUCAGCUACUAGUGAGGCUCACUUGCCAAUAGAUCUUGCCAUGGGCCGCUUCUCCGGUCGUGUUGAGGUUAUACAUCUGCGUCGGCCUGGCCGGAUCACGCGAACCCGGCUUUUUGCUCCUCUUCUGAUGCAUUUGACUCGUCUCUCUGUGAUCAGUUCGCGAGACCACCAUUCCUCUCUGAUUAGGCUUAGGAAACGCGUUCGGUGCAAAAGAGCGUAUGAUCCAUUUUUUUGUCCAUAA